UAAAAAAAGCUAAACUCCAAGGACCACCAGAUAAAUUCAAUACGUAUGUUACCCUGAAAGUGCAAAAUGUGAAGAGCACGACGGUAGCUGUGCGAGGUGACCAGCCCUGCUGGGAGCAGGACUUCAUGUUUGAGAUCAGUCGGCUGGACCUGGGCCUAAUUGUUGAAGUAUGGAACAAAGGACUGAUCUGGGACACUCUGGUUGGGACCGUGUGGAUUGCUCUGAAGGCCAUUCACCAAUCUGAUGAGGAGGGUCCUGGGGAGUGGUCUACGCUGGAGGCAGAAGUUGUAAUGAAACAUGAUGAAAUCUGUGGAACCAAAAACCCAACUCCUCAUAAAAUUUUGCUGGACACAAGAUUUGAAUUACCUUUUGAUAUCCCUGAAGAAGAGGCCAGAUACUGGACCAGAAAAUUAGAACAAAUAAAUUCACUUGGAGAUGAUGAGUAUUCCUUUCAGGAGGAAGUCCAGAAGAAACCAUUGCCCAGUGCUGCCUCCCAGUGUUCCUUUGAAGAUGCUGACAGUGCUGUGGAUGAUCGAGAUAGUGACUAUCGCAGUGAGACAAGUAACAGCAUUCCGCCUCCAUACCACACGACCGCACAGCCCAAUGCCUCUGUGCACCAGUUCACUGUACCGUCACGCCUGCAGCAGCAAGGGGUCUUGCGGGAAUCCUGUGCCGAAUCCCUACAAAAUUAUGAUUUGGAUUAUCGGGAGCAUGUGGCCAUCAGUCCUGCUGGCAGUAGUAGAUAUGGCUCCUCUUGUAAUGUCAGCCAGGGAAGCUCUCACCUAAGUGAGCUGGACCAUUCCCAUGAAAGUGCCCAUGGCUCCGAGCAAGAAGAUGAUCACCAGGAAAGAGUGUCGAAUCAUUCCUACCACAGUUCAGGCAGCUACCAGAAGGAUGGUCAGGCAUGGCUCAGGGAGCAAGAGAUGCCUCGUGGCAUAGGAGAGGAGGAGAAGGUCUGCGAGACAGAGGAGAAAUGUGCAGACCCUUCUGUAGCUACGUUGCCUGUGGAACUUGAGAAGCCCAAGGAUGUUGAUGAAGGAGCCCAAGUGAGCUGUCAUGGUGACAAUGAGCCACCACCAUUUCCUGCAGCAAGAGCCUAUUGGAUUAGAGCCAUUAGCAAAGUUCGACUGCAGCUUCAAGAG